AUGGAAACUACUCUUAACGUGUUUUCAAGGUCUAUGAGGCUUAGGUGAGUUUAAAGAAGUUGUGAUAUAUGUGUUUCUUACAUUUAAUUGAUAGCUUACUAAUUAAUUUUAAUGGUUCGUAAAAUUACAGCUGAAAGAAAGACUUAAUUGAAAUAUUUAAGAGUGAUGUUUUUACAUUCCAUGAAGAGCACUACGGCAGCAUUUUUCAAGAAUUCUGCUGCUGUGAGUUUAAUUGGGUGCUGUGCUUUAAAAAUGAAUGGAUAGUAUGAAGCUCUCAAAGCACUCUUCAGGACCAGUUUUAAAUGAACACGGCGUAAUUUUAAAUUCACGAAAUAUUCUAGAUGAACGUACGUGGCUUUGUUUGUUCUUAUCAUUGAAUCCAUGUGAGUGAAAUAUGCAGGUUUUUUUAUUAAUUAAAGAAAACACAGUGCAAAGUAAUAUUAGGGUUACUUUGGUCGAGCAACGAUGACUACGCGUCUUUAUUGACGCUUUGUUACCAGAAACAUGACCCUCAUCUCUUCCCCCUCUUGUAAGCAAAUUUACAUAUUUGUGAAUUGUUGAUGUUCCCAUGGCCUUGAACUUAAAAUAAACUCGUCGAUAGAUGACCGUCUCUCUGCACAUUUCAUUUGGCUUUUGUUUCUCUGUGAUAGUGAGGCGAGUUUUAUUUUUAUUUUUUGUUUUUCUAGUAUUGGUGGAACUUAUACGAAAAAGAAACAUAGUUGAUACUUCCUUAAUCUUAUUAUGGUGACAAACCAUAUAUUAGGAUACUUGAAUCAAAAGUGACUUAGUGUCGAAAGCCCUGAAUUCCCUGUGGUUGAAGACCUGUUACAGUAGUUAUGUAUGUAUCUAGACAUAAGCGAUUUAGUCGAUAUUCCCCCGAUAACUUCGGCGGAGAAUGAUUGUUUAAUUUGUUUUAUUUAAUCAAACUGAUAUCAGCGACGACGAAUCCAGUGAAAAUUUCAUAACGUGGCCAAGUUCCAGAAACGUGACCAAACUAAUUCUUUGAAAUAAUCUUUUCAGUUGUUCUUGCCAACCACUCCCUGUCUGACAUAUUAAAUGUCCAAAAAUGACUAGAUUAUUUUUAUUUCUGCUAACAUUCGUUUUCAAAUAAAUAAAAACAAUAAUAAUAAUAAUAACAAUAAUAACAACGACAACACUCGCACACUUUUUAAGAGGACUCUCUAAGCCAAGCGCCAUUCUGCUCGACCAAUAGAUAAUGUGUUGUAGUGUCUGUAAGUGUUAAAGCAGCAGAUGGCGGCGGAUGCCACAAAACAAAAAAAGGUGAUAAUAAUGCGGAAACAAUGAAGAUUUUUUGCAUUUGAGUGCAUUUCAGACCACAUUUUAAUCCCUUGUUUAGAAAGAUCUGUACCUAGAAAGGAUUAGUAUGCUGGCAUUUUUGACAGGACACGCAUUACAACAAGACUAAGGUAAAGUGCAAUUAACUGACUAUCGCGUAGUCAGUUUUUUGGGGAAAUUUCUGAAUGGCCCAAUUUUUGGCCAAAUCUGGAGUAUUUUGUAUCCGUUUUGUAAACUCUUUGGGAUUUGCUUUUGACCGCAAGAAAGAAGAUUCUAUUAACAAUGGUCAGACUUUUAAUUAGCAAUGAUUUUUGAGCAGAACCCCUUACGUGUGAAGUUUGUUAUAUUAAGAUUUUAAAAAGUGGCUCUGUUCCAAAGGCUUGGCUUGACGAAAGCUUCUUUUUAUCUUUCAAGUUGAUUGUUCGGCUAUGCAGACCACACAGGAACACAUAAAACGACAUUCCAUUCCCAUCAAAGGCUACUGGGACUCGAUAAAAAAAAAAAUUGAGUUUAAGAGUUAGAUUCCUUCAGGCGAAACCUACUUCUCAGUUUCACAGACAAAACUGCCCGGUCAUCACGCUUUCUAUUAACAUUUUUAAAGAGGCCAACUUACGAUACAGCUAGAUACGACUUGUUUGUUUGUUUGCUUGUUUUUUAAUUCAGCGUUCAAGCCAAUCAGUGAAGAAAUUUCAUCGCUAUUUAUUCGUGUUUACAUACGUUUGGUUUUGAGUUACGCUUCAAAACAGAGUGACAGAGAAUAUUUUCAUGUUGUCUGUUUUAGCUACACCCUACGUACCCUUCUUGGCGGUGGAUAACUAUUCUAGUUCAAACCAACUGUCGAUUGUUAAGAGACUAGAGCAUGAUUUGUUAUUGUUUUUUUUAUUAUUAGCGUUUGUUUAUAUCGGGUCUCGAUGGUCGAUAGUACGUCGAGGAAACAGACAUGUAUGACAAGUUUGAGAGCAAUUUUGAUCGCAUUUCAAUCCGUCUUAUGUCAACUAAAAAUAUUUUUGAAAAUAAAACAGGCUUAGUCAAGAAUCUGGAAAACCACGAGGUUCUUAACUGCCUAUAACGCAAAAAUGUUUAUUAUCAAUUAAGUACAAGAUCUUCUUCGGAAAAUUUGCGUUUUGAGGAAGUAACCUCCAUUUUGUGCCCUCUCAGCUCUGCGUGAAAGUUCUCCUGCCUUUUUACUUUUUAUACUCUCCAAUGGUCAGCCUUUUUACGGUGUUUUCCUUUUCAAUGUCUUAAGGAUAAUACUUUUGUAGCUGCUAGCAUUGAUGGACCCCAUCCAGCCACAGCUUCAGAAUUAGUGCUGCAACUGUAGCCGCACUUGCUGGUAUCCCACAUCAUCUUACUCAAGCAAUGAGGAGGUGGACAAGCAAUGUCCACCACCAAUAGAGGAGUUCACGCUCAUAGUUGCAUCAUGGGUAAUCAGGGCAAGAUGGCGGGAAAUUAGAAGAUUUGUAUUAGAAUUCAAAUUCAUAUUUGAUGAUUUCUAGUUGAAAAGAGUAACUUACGAGUUCAAAGAAACAAUACACUAAAUCUGGAGUGCAAAGAAGUCGGUGAUCAGAUUUUAGAAAGGUUUUCCUGUACAUUUUCUGUCAUUCGACAGUAUCAAAAGUACAGAAAAUGUAUGGAAAAAUUGAGGUUUUCUAAAAGCUGAUCACAGACUUCUUUGCACUCCAAAUUUCGUGUAGGGUAGGUUGUAGCUAAAACAGACCACAUAAAAAUAUUCUCUGUCACGGUAUGUUUUGAAGCGUAACUCAAAACCAAAAGUAUGUAAAUACGAAUAAAUAGCGAUGAAAUUUCUUCACUGAUUGGCUUGAACGCUGAAUUAAAAAACAAGCAAACAAACAAACAAGCUUUAUCUAGCUGUAUCUUAAGUUGGCCUGUUUAAAAAUGUUAAUAGAAAGCGUGAUGACUGGGCAUUUUUGUCUGUGAAACUGAGAAGUUUCGCCUGAAAGAAUCUAACUUUUAAACUCAAUUUUUUUAUUGAGUCCCAGUAGCCUUUGGCACAGGUUAAGAAAUACAAGAAUGUUGAGAGACACAUUUAGCAAAAUCCCCUGAGUCGAUGACAGUUCAAGCAGACUGACUUGGCGGGAAAGGGAAUGCACCGGAUCACAUUUUGGUUUGUUUGUCUGUUUCUAAUUAUUUAACUUAUAACUAAACUUAUUUCUUUUGAAUUAAAAUGGAAGGAAUUAUUGAUAAAACUGAAAAUUAAAGUUUGUAAAUGUAGUAAGGUUUAGUAAUAUAUCCUCAUUCAGUUUUUUUUUUUUUUACAACGUAAUAAUUAUAAUUAUAAUAAUCAUGAUAAUAAUAAUAAUAAUAAUACCUCGAAGAGGGAAAUCAGUACAAGUUCUUGAGUGUCUUAAGACGGUGAGGCAAGGGGAGAGGAUGUCGCUGGAGUGCGCAGCUAAGGAGUUUCCUCGCAGAAUGUCUAUCAUCUAGUCAAGUCCCCUGUCUGAUCACAACCGAUCAAUCGAUCGAUCGAGGAGGAGUACAAAGUGACGAAGAUAAAGGCGGCAGUGAAGUUAUAUAGAAAUGGUGUCCCAGCGAUGGCGAUGGUACGUAAGUUUGAAGAGAGAGUGGAAGAGUUAGUUCAUAUAUAGCUCGUUAGUUAAAGAGGCAGCAAGGUAUGCAGAUGAGAAGGACCUCCAGUUGCAGCUAAAGUACCCAAAUCCAACCUGCAUAAAGCAUGAUAGUGGAGAGGUGAUAACUGCAGAGAAACUGAAGGCAGAGGUAAGAAUGUGUUUGCAACAGAAGACAUUGGAAGCGGAGCAUGAACAGAACUGGCAGGGGGAACUAAUCUCCGCGAGAAGUGAAGACGAGAGCCUUAACUUCGAGGGCUGUUUCUGGUGGCUAAGCGGUUGGAAACAAUGCCCAACACAUACAGUGGCUGGGAUGUUUGAGCUCUACGAACAGUUAUUUACCUACGAGGCUGUAUGCCUGCCAGAAACGCAUACGGAUACGACGGGUGAGGUGAUGUGAAGGCUAUGUAAUAAGGCUCCUGAAAGUGUCGUCCAUGUCCUGGCUGGUUGUACUGCCCUUGCACAGAUCAAGUAUGUUACCCGACAUAAUGCAGCCCUGACUUCAAGAUACUUUUCUUCAAGGUUCUGCAAGAGUUAGGCCUUGUAGACUUAGUGCCAUCUUGGUGCUCGCCACUAAAACCGAAGCCAGUGUACGACGCGAACAAUAGGCAAGCAUUCUGGGAUGUCCCUCUAUUUGGGGAGCACCAAGAAGUUAGAGCCAACAGAGUAGAUCCUCGCAUUAUCAACCACGAGUCAAAGCGAGUUAUCACGCCGGAGAUGAGGUGCCCAUGGGUUACAAACCGGGAGAAAAAGGAGGAGGAGAAAACCACGCGGAAAUACGGACCGCACCGUUGGGAAUUGAAGUACUAAGGAUAUGAAGUGAAGCAAUAUAAUAUCACAACGGACGUACUAGGGGGAUGGUGCCGAGACUUAGAAGUCAAACUGAAGGAGUUGGUCGGAGGAAAGAGUAAUGGAGUUCUUCAUGACAUGCAGAAGGCUGUACUUUCGGGAACACUAAACAUCGCUCGGACGUAUAAAGUUGCAACAUGAACAUUGAAUAUCGCAUGCUUUCGAAUUUAUUGCCUGUCUUCCUUCAACAUCGUUUAGACUUUUAAAGCUAUGAAGUAAUCGUCGAUGCUAUUACAGCCGAAUAAGUGAUAUGUUUGAGAGUAUUAUUAAUGGUGCUAAAUUUAUAUGUAUUUUUAAAUGUUAAAUUUAUAUUUUUAUUGCAAGUUUUUACUGUAGUCAACGGGCUACGCUCACGCGCCUCGUCAUACGAGGCACAAGUUUUAACUGCUGCAUAAAGAUCUGCCGAAGUGUGCGCGGACCGCUUUGAACAUUAUACAGAAGGGUUUUUCUGGUCGAUUCUGGAGUCGACUUAAAAAUUAAAAUAAUGACGAAAUGAUUGAUUUUCUUUAGUUAUCACCGCUUAGAAAUAUGCAGUCGGGAAUUUUUAACUUGCUCGCGCGAAAACUUCUUGAUAAUAGAGGGUAAGACAAAGGAAAAUGCCCUCAGACGGGCUACCAGCACGCGCACGAUGUGGCGGGUUUUCAAGCUAACUAUGUUUCGUUUUAGUUGGCAUAUAACUCUUGUAGAUAAGGUCUUAAUGAGGGGAAGGAGAUUUUACCCAUGGAAUUGAUCUGCAGCUAAAUAGAAAAAUUAAAAAAAGUGAAAUUGGUCGCAGUGUGCACGGGCCGUAACUAGCUGAAUGAUGUCGUUUACUUUAUUCUUAUUAUGACUUGUGGCAUCUUUUUCGGCUCUGUAAAAAUGAAUAGUUUGUGGUUGUCUUUAAUGUAAUUUUGUUAACCAUGUUAACAAAAUCCGCAAAAUUCUAUUAUUUUAUAUUUAGAUUAACAACAAACCUUCCUUGGAAAAUAUUGCAAAUAAAGCUUUCGGCGAGAUCGUUCUGAAGCUUAGAAAACACCUAAGUCUAAUAAUGCACCAUGAAGAAACAUACUUAUAGAGAAAGUGUGAAAAAUAUUAAGUGCAGUAAAACAUAACAAAAUACCACUAAUCUAGAAGAAUGGAGAAUUCUAUAGGCAGCGUCAAGGAUGAACUUUGGAAUCCAAUUUUUUUUUUUGGAAAAAAUUAAUGAAUAAAGUCCCCCAACCAAACGCAUCCAAAGACUCUUAAAAGAAUCAUGGUUAACAGAAAGACAGAAUUCAGUUUUAAAAAUGGACGAAAUUGUAUUUAAGAUCAGACAGUCUCUUCACAGGUUAUUAAAGUUAUCUUAUUAACAUUAUUUUUAGAUGCUUCUACCAUUACAUAAACAUAUUCAAUACGAUCUAGACGUUUCGUUUUUUUAAAAAAAGGUGGCACAAACUGUGCAAAACUAUUCGCCUGUUUUUAAUUCGAUGGCCGGGGACUGUGAUUACGAAAAUUUUAAAGUAAUUUGUGUUCUGUCCCCACUGUUUGUCUAUUUGUAUUUCUUCAUCAGCUGAAUCCAACAUGUUAAGGUGGAGGGACGGGGAACUCCUAGGGAGGUCUUUAAGUCUCCUUGCUGAGGACUGAAUUUUAAUCGUGUUUUAAGCGAUACCAAAAUUGCGAGGAUUUUGAUAAAAUAGGGUGGUACGAUAACAAACAAAUCUGUAUUGUUUAUGACUGGACUAAUAAGAUGGGCUGAUACAGGAAAUAUAGCCUUACAAUUAUAAGUCGCUUAGCUUUACGGUCAAUUAAUACGUUCAGUUGGUGCAAGAGAACUAGACGGUCAAUUAAUUACGUUGGUGCAAGAAAACAAAUUCUUGACGGGUGAUUCUCUAGCCCUUUCAAAAGACCUUUAAGCCAAAUCAAAUUCGCGUGUAUUUUAUUUUUGUCAGAUACCUUCUACUUAUUUCUUUAAUGCCUCCGGACGUCUUUAAGUUUUGGGUUUAAUAUUAUGUCCGCACAGGGUUUUCCUGAUUAUUAAAGUUUGGAGAGGUUCUUUUCGAUUCGCAUGGUACUUUAAAGUCUGCUAACUCAAAACAAAGACACAAUCGCUAGAAAAAAGAUUAAAAUAGACAAAAAUAAUUGGCUUUUUCUUUAUGUUGACAAUGGCGAGGGUAAAGUAUGACGUCGCUGAAUCGACAUCAAAAAGACGAACGCAGCCACAACUGCAAAAAGAUUCAAAGAGACAAAUAUUCUCUGCAAUCGUAAGAAUUAGGCUCAUGGUAAUAAGACGUAAACAAGUUGGACGGAGCAAAGGUUACUUAACGGGCGAUUCUCUAGCCUCUUAACCAUAAGAACGAGUCGAUUAAAAAAUCGCCCGUAUUAUCUUAUCAAUAAGGAAUAUCCUACUAAUCUUUCCUCUAGGCGUCUUUAGUGAUGCAGGUUGGGGAAAGAUUUGCACGCGUUUUCUGUACACUUGUAGACGUUUUUGCGCGUCAUUAUGGCGAAGUGCACGAUUUUUAACUACUGAAUCGCAAAUAUGGUAAAGAUUGAAGAUAUCCACCUUUUUCAAAGGUUAAUACAUGUACAGAAGUGCUUAGAAAAAAAAGGGGUAUAGCAACAUUGGUGCGAGGAAAGAUUAAAGGGACAAAUCGCCCGUCAAGUGACUUGACGGGAGAUUCGUCCCAAUAAUCUUGCUGAUACCCUACUUAUCUUUGCUAUGAGUGUAUAUUGAAGGCUGAGGGUCCGUGAACUUAAUAGUUGCGUUUUGCAUGCCCUUGUUAUAAGUUUCCACGUCAUCAUUCUCGAUGUGUUUACCAUAAAAGCUGCAAAUUGUCGCAAAUUGACGGUAAAAGUUGCGAAAACUGGAAAAAAUAGACGACCAUCAUGAUUUUUUAACGGAUUAAAAGUUAGAAUUUCCUUUACAAUUUUAAGAAUUACGCCUAACAGAAGACAGAUAUGUCAUGUCAACAAACGUGAUCAACUGGGAAAUAUCAUUAUAUAGAAUUUCUAAGAUUUAGAAAUAAUUUGACAGUAAUAUAAUGCCACAAUUGCAGGUUUUAAAGUCUUGAGAUAAAAAUUUCAAACGGUGCACUUCUGCGUUGUUGGAUACUACAUCUUAUAUUUCACAUUCAGUUCUUCUACUCCCGGAUAAUGAAUUUGUACAUUUCUUUCAGCUCAGUUCUUUACGGGGUUGCUCUGUUUAGUUUCGCAACGUUCUGCGCAUGCGACGUCUUGAAGACAACGCCUCGAGGUGAGUGUGGAUAUAACCAUAAUGAACAAGCAAAUUAUAAAAUCAGUAAUAGUACUUCUGAGGUACUUCUCAUGAAGUAAUUCAUUUAGUCAGUCACAUUCUGAGUGUUUGUUAUCAUCAUAAUGAAAAUGCAAAUUAUAAAAUCGUUCAAAGCACUUCCGAAGUACCGCUGAUGAAGUACUCUUAAUUUGAACGGUCACACUCCAAGAUUUUAUCAUCAGGGACGGCCUUGUACUGCAUACGAAACCACUGGUCCCGGUUGUUCAAAGGUUGGAUAACCCUAUCAAACGGAAAAAUAUUAAGGAAAGCAAUUGCGAUAUUCACUGAAUAGAGAUUUAUCCCGAAGAAAGCAUUAUCUACCUUUCGAACAACUGCGUAAUGGUCACAUAAUGCACGAGAUUUCAUUUACAGAUUCAAAAGCUAGCAGAAAUUUGUACAACAAAAACAUUUGGACUGUUAGACGUAAUCCACAUUUGUAGAUUUUUUCCACAUGUGGUGUAUGACGGAAAAUAUGAUAAAAAACAUCACUGAUAAGGAGGAAUAACUGAAGCCACGUAAAAGUAGCUACUACGUUAGAAUCACAUAAUAUACUUUUACACCAGCACUUUAAAAAAAAACAGCGUCAAAGACCAUAGAAAACGCGCUCCUUAAUAGUUUUGACCUUAUUCAAAGGCCUGCACAUUUUUAGAUUAUAAUUAGAGACCUGUAGAAUUGAAGAGGUUAACACCUUUUAGUCAUCACGGAUCAAGAAGUUGGGGAGAUCUUUGUAUUGUGUGGAUGGGUGUGUGCCAAUGAGAAUCUGCAGAGACCCUUAUUACCUUUUAUUACCCUGUAUUAGACUGGACAGUAAACUGAGCACCUAUCCAGAACUGACUUAACCCUUAUUCUUACUCUCACGUUUGUAUAAAUUACUCUACUUCGCCUUACAGGAGUUCAUGCCCAUAUAAAAGGGAUACAGGUUAUUUAAGGAUCAGUUCCUUUAAUGAAAAAGAAUCGUGAACAAGAAAUUGCCAUGCGGUGACGACACUGGGUGAAAAUAAAACGAAUGGCGUCGAUUAGAACAAGGAAAUCUUUUUAUAAAAUUUGUUCAAAUUUUCCAAAAUUUACUCUAUUUUUAGCCAGACAUUCCCAGGCAUGAAAUUAUUCAAUUCUUUUGCAAGUUGUUUUAACGUAUUUUUGUCAAUCUGUACAAUCAUCCAUUGCAUUGUAAUGAAACCUAAACUUCAUUUUCCUGGGCUUUUUCUGGUGGAUGAGGGUCUCAAGCCUUGAAAUUACUAAUCGAAACUAAGCUUGCAUCCAUUUUAGGAUCCCAGGUCAGGUUUUAAAUUUAGACUGAUACUGGAUUUAUUUUUAAAAGAAAGGUGGAUAUUUUGGGCAAAUGGCCACGCGCUGACGCGCGUGACUCGCGGCUUCGCCGCUCCCGCGCGCGUUCAAUGCUCGCCGUCUAGCGAAAGUUAGACCUUUGCAGAAUUUUCAAACAUGGCAAUUCGCAAACAACAACGUAAUGGCUUAAACUGAACCGUUAAAAGUUUAAUCGUUUCCUUACCUGAGAAGAAAAGAAGAGCUUUGUUAUUUUCUUUUAAACUUGCCAAGUUUAUAGCCAAAAAGGUUUGUUGUGUCGUUCUUCGCAUGAAGUGCUAACAUGGCCGCUCGGUUGCUCUAGGUGAGGCGUCGUUUCCCUGUAGUAUUGUUUGUCCUAUUUUACAAGUAUUUACUUGAAACGAAGAAUUUCUGCAAAGAUUCUUUUUCAUUUUUGUUUGUUAUGAAAUAAACUUUGGGCAAAAUUUUUCUUGUUAGGAAACGCUGAGUAACGGAAGUUGUAAGCCGUUCCAUCGAACGAAAAAUUCAGCUACAGUCGAAUGGAGAAAACGCCGUUUGAAUCCGUCUAAGUCUUUUGUUGCCUUAAAAAAAGAUAGCCCUGGAAUUUUGUCGACUUUUGAAAGGUCGUUCUCUAAAAAAAUGGGAAAAACACCGAGCGCAUUAUCAACUGGCUCGGAGGUAAAAGAAUAGUCCGAGAUAGCGAACCAUCAGAUUGCUUAAAUCAUCAAGAUCACUGAAAUUGUAUGUGAAAUAUAUCUAUCUACUCAAGAGAUAAAACGGACUUUCGCAUUAGUUUCUUUUCAGUAACAACGUAAAUAAACUUCGAAUAGGUGCCGCAAACAUUGACCGCUUAGAAUCCGGGGUAAUACGAUCAGUACUUCAAGAGUUUUCUUUGGCAGUAAAAAUAGGAUUCUCACAUUUUCACUACAUUUUAAAUUGACGACUGAAUUUUAGAAAUAAAUGCAUUGGCUUGCACGCUACCUCGAAAAAGUGCUAAAAAAAGUAUUUAACCCAUUUGAAUUUUAAGAAUAAAUUUUAAAAAAAUAAAAAAUACGUACCCUUACGACCAAGUUUAAAAGAAAAUACCAAGUGGGCUGUAACCCAUUUUAUUAUUCACUUUCGAUUCUUAAUUACUUGCUACCUAAACUGGUUCAAAAUAAUUUAAGGCACUCUAUUUUUGAGAGGACGGCUGGUGAUUUUUACAACUGAAAAUUUUUUUUACUGACACAAUUUUUAGUUCUUCUUCAAAAGACGUGAAACGAUUUUUUUCUUUUGUUCUUCGCGGUAAGUUGUCCAUCUUGAUCCGGAACUCAAGAUGGUCCUUUACGUUAAUAAAUGAAUAACCUAUUAUCACCCUAAGGAAAUCCCGUAAAUUUUGACUUGGUGUCAUUCAUUGUCCUUCAGUAGUAUUAGAUAACGUUUAUCAAGCUAAUUGACCAUUGAUGACAAGGAUUAAUUUUUCAGGCUUGCAUGAUAAAGGAACUUAGUCACGUUGCUAAGCGGUAAUUACAAGAUUAUUCAACUAUUAGAUUUGAUUAAUUAUGUGACAGUGUUUGUUACGGAUGUCGCAAUGCCAAAAAGAAUUCCAUUCUCCACAAGUAAAUGUUCUUUGGAAGUAGGUGAGAUAAUCUGGCAUUAACUGAAAUAUUAUCCUCAUAUCCUUUGGUGAACACAUCUGAAUAUAUCUGCUGCAAACGGACAGGCACUUCUUAUAAGGGGUUGCUUUCUACUGACCUGUUAGCCUACGUGGUAGGCGUUCGAAAGGGAAGGGGAAGGGAAUUGAGAGCUUCCCCGUUCCCCUUCCCCUUCCCCUUUUAGCGCCUGCCACGCAGGCUACUGACCUCUUCACCCUUCGCCGCGUCAUCAUGGUAAGCACCCGGCGCCGACGAGGGUGUGACAGGAACCGAAACAAAUUUGGUUGCCGGCACGUAAAGGGAAAGAACGGUCGACUCCUAAUCCUGGAUUAACACACUAAAGGUCACUAAACCCUGAUUAAGAGUCAGACAAGUAACUUUAAAACAUAUUUUCACCGUAGUGGUGUGUUGAUACGCAGAUUAUUUAAUCGUGGAGAUGAAUAGUUGGUAUGUAGCUGACGUAAUCAUGGUACGAGAGGAAUAUUUUGUCACUGUUGAGAGUUUAUUUGAAAGCAUCUCUCUUUGCUGAUCUUGUGACUUCAUGCAUUCUAUUGAAUCUGCAUUUCACUACACUCUUUUUUUAAAUAUAAGAAUGUUGUUUUUUUCCGGCCCAGGCUGAAUAUUGUUAUUUUCCUGCCGUUUUUAGCCUGAAAAUAAUUUUGUAUUAUCUUUAAAAAUGUAAAGAAUUUAUCAUGAUACUCUUUGCGGUUUUGUUCACUUCUUUUGUACUGUACAAAGGUUAGUAUGUACGUAAUAUACCAUUCAUCGAACUGUCAUUAGCAUUGAACAUUUGCUCAUAGCUAGCGCGUAUUCUUUUAAUUUGUUUGCUAGUUUUGCUUUUUAGAGAAAGGAAAAAUUUCAAGCGGUUAAAGUUAAAAACGUAUGAUUGUACGUUACACAUGUAUCGUACUUUUGUAUUUACAGAUUUUCAACACAAAAAAUUAUAACCUUUUCAAAAUGUCAGCCUUCCGCUUAUUCAUUCUUAAAAUACUCUUUAAAUUUCGCAAUAAAAUAAUAUUCUUAUGAAACAUAUCUUAUAGAAUGAAAAAAGUGGUCCCACUUCUUUAAUUAUCUGAUUUAGUAUUUUAUUUCUAAUAAAGAUAAUUAACUUGCACGAGAUUUCCUCGGGCAUUGAAUAAAAAACUGACCCCGGCUUUUACUACAAAACAGUAGUAAACAGAUACAAAACAGAUACAUUUGUUCACUUUUUGUUGUAGUCGUCACCGAUACGCCGAAGCAAUGCUCUUUUAAAGAUGUCAAAAAAGAUGUGGGAGAAAAUUGGAAUCCAUUUCUGAGGCCACAAGGAUACUUUCGCUGCAUCAGGUGUACUUGCAAAUUGGUAAGUACUUCGUUCAUUCUUUCGUCCAUCCCAUUUUUGUUUUCUCGCUGACCGAUUUUCAUGUGCAUUAGCAAAAACCCUGAUUCAAUGGGCUUAUUUCUUUGGGACCUGUGAAUCAUCUUCUUAUUGUCUCGGAGUGUCAAUGAAGCUUUUCAUAUAUUUUCUGAAAAUUAAGCCACAUCAUGCAACUUUAUCCUUAUUUCUGAUUUGCAUAUAUAUUUUUUUCGAUGAUUGGCUACUGUCCACAUGCAUCCAAUGGUCACCGGAACCUACGUUAUUUGAAAACGCUCUUGAGACUAGAAAUAUUAAAAAAACACCGAUUUCACAUAGCCCAGGGUUCGCACUGAAUACGCCAAAUUUGGCGUAUUUUACGCCAAAAUUGUUCAGAUGACUGAGGUUACGGAGGGAGUCACUUCGACUCCAGAAAUUUUCGGUAACAAACACAGUUUUGUGCUUACCUUUUUCAAAACAAAUACAAUUUACGAUACGAGUAAGCGUUGUAAACCUUAAUUAAAUCAAAUACUCAGAAGCACACUUUGAAUUUCUUUUUUGAUUGAAGGUUGCCUUAGUUCCCUCAAAGAACAUGGUAUCUCAUUCCAGAGUUGUGUGUCUAUUCUUGAAAAAGCUUUUUUUUUGUAUUUCAAGCCUUGAUCGUUUUACGUAAACAUUUGUUUGAGGCAGCGGACCGAGUGUUGUAUGAAUGAAUACUGGACGCAUUCGUAAAUAAAUUACAUAAUUUAGGUUGUGCUGAGGCAUUUCUAACGUCGUGCAUCAAUUCAGAAAAAUUUUUAUAAUAUAAAAAAUUUAGCGUUAACGGGUUAGCGUUAAUAAACAGAGGAAUAGUAUGCUCUUUUUUCUUCGUUUUUGUAAAAUUAACAGUUUGUCUAGAUAGGAUUUGCAGGCCUGGCCCCAAAAAGGUAGUCCGUAAGUUAAAAUAGGGAACAAUUAAUGGCUGAUAAAUAUCUAGGAGUGUACCAAAAGGUACUAAGUGCCCUAGUUUUGCAAAGUAUACCUUAGCUGUUUUGCUGGUUUUUAAAGUAGUACGCAGUCAAUAUGGUUUUUACGAGAAAGGUUACAACCAAUCAACAAUCCGAGAUAUUUUACAGAGUCUUUACAAUCCAGUUGGACUUUCCUGUUUCUUUCGCUGUCGAAUAUGCUUAUUUUAGGCUGAAAUGUUAGUUUCUUUUGAAAGGGACGGAAAAUAACAAAAUUGAUAUUUUUGGGUUGUGUUAAUUUGUUUGAAGUUAGCCAGACGUACAGUUUAUGCGGUCCAGUAUUAAGGACUUGUUCUAAUGACUGAAGAUUUUUAUCGGCAUAUAAGAUAUUUGUAUCAUCAGCUAAAAGAUAAAAUUGAGUUUAUUUGAGCAGUUACAAAUAUCAUUAAUGUGCAAGUCAAUAAAAACAAUCACGGUCCUAAUACGGAUCCUUGCGGAACCACAGAAUGUACCAGUUCUCCUUUCCGGACUCUCCUACCCGGCUAUUAAUUCUUUGGGAGAGGCUGGCAUACAGAUGCCGUUUUUCUCCAUCAGUAAAAAUUUGGCUUUAUCGACGUCAAACUACCAAUCAAAGUAAAUCUAAAAUGACUGAACGCUACCCCUUCGUCCGAACGAAUCAAUAGAUUUUAGACUUGUGGUCGUAGAAUUAAAUUCCUUGUUACGGCUUUCUUAUAACUACGUUUUUUAUCUCUCUAGGCAAAAGAUGGCUCACUCGCGAUAAUAGAUUGCACACGCUGCGUGAAGUUGACAAAAGAAGGUUUGCAAACGUCGGUUUUAAUUUAGGAGUAGGACCAGAUAAAAACGUUUGAGUGAUUAGCUUAUUGCCUGCUGAUAUUAUUUAAGAUUGUGGAACUAACAGUUGAUAGCUGUAGGGUCUACGAUUUUAGGACCCUGUCCACAUGGAGUGGGGGACCCCGGUUUAGUGGGGUAAGUUUCUUUUGUUUUGUGUGCCCCAGAGCGUGAAAACAAAAGAAACCAACCCCACUAGACCGGGGUCCCCCACUCCAUGUAAACAGGCCCUAAGUCUAACAUUUGCAUCUAAAGAGUUCAGAGUCACCUCAAAUAUGCGAAUGAUUAAGAUAGCUCUGAAUGCUUUCGGCCGAAAAUUUUUAGAAGAGAAAUUCCAAACAAUGCUAAUGCAAACGUUGGAGGGAUAACAAAGAAUAUAAUGGUCUAUCUUUCUUUUAUGGGUUCUAAGAGUUAAAAAGUGAAUUUAAUGGUGGUUUAUCGUGUUUUAACGUUGCUUUGGUAACUCGUAACAUAAAAGGAAACAUACCCUAAUAAACGUGUUCAUGAUAAUAAUUAAUGUUUAAAUUUUGUACAUUAGGACAGGCUUAAUUAAAAAAUCUAUUUAGUAUUUAUCAAUCCAUUAUUGUUGAAGUGUUCAGAAAAUGCUCAAACUUUUAUGAGCCACCCUAAUUACCGAUCUUGUUCUAGGGCAACAUCCUGAAGAAGGAGAAAAGAAUUGUAAAAGUGAAAAUGUAACCCGAAAACAUGGCACAGUAUGGGCAGUGGCUGCUAUGGGAUCCGUACCUUUACGUAAAAACCAGUGUACGGAAUGUAGCUGCACGGUAAGAUAUUUUAAAAUAACGUUCAUCAAUGACCACUUGGUUUUGCUACAAAUAUCCCCAACUGUAUGAAAAUUAAAUAAAUUCAUUUGGUGGCAUGGAAGUUGAACCGAAAUAAAUUUUCUUUGCCUAAGUUUGUUGGGAUUCCGAUUGUGCACAUGCUUCUUCUUCCCCCUUCCAUAAGCUCUUGCCACGCAAGCUAAUAAAGUCGAAUCUACUAAAAAAAAAAUCUAACAGGAUACGAUGGUUUUUUUCUUCCAACUGGAAACAAAAGACCAAGGAAUUCGCAACAAGGAUUUCACUUAAAACCAGUCUUAUUUGUGUUGUAGGAUGGGUUUGUCACGUGCUCAGUCAGAUCGUGCCCUGUUCUGUCAUGCAAAAAACAACGGAAUGGAACACAAUCGUGCUGUCCUGUUUGCGAAGGUAAGAACUGUAAAAUUUCCAAAAAAAGUUCGGAAGUCUUCAAUUAUUUUUUUUAUAAGUUUUUGACGGUGAUACAAACAAUUGUAACGUGUGGUAAAACAAAGUUAGGACGCACCUAGUACAAAGUCAAAAGAAGUAGCACUUACACAUAUAAAGCCCCGUACAAACUGGCCCAACAUCAGACAUUUUGCUGGCCACCAACUCCCUACAUAGUUGGAUGUUACAUGUUGCUUUCUUUUUUACACCCCGGUGCAUGUUGUUGCGUGUUGUUGGGAGAUGUUGCGCAGAUUUUGAGACCGGUCAAACAUUUAGCCAAUGCAGACGGACGCAACAACUCUCAUGAUUGCUGCGCCGUCCCUUUGCACGUAGCUUAAUAAACACUUAACGAGAUGCUGAAUUCUUGAAUUAUUAAUAUCUGCUUUAAUUUAAUUCUAGGGGAUUUACAAACAACACGCGAUCCAGCAGGUAGGUAUAAGACGCACCAAUUUCAUUCACGACAAUAAGUAUUGCUAGUUUUAAUGACAUUUUAUUUUCUCUUUUCCGUAGGCUGCAAAACUAUGGGUAGAUACUAUGGAAAUUUGGAAAAGUGGUUUCCCUUAUUAUCUCCAAAAAACGACUUAUGUGUAAGCUGCGUUUGCAAGGUACAAUAUUUUGUAAAAACUUUAAUUAUUAUUAUUAUUAUUAUUAUUAUUAUUAUUAUUAUUAUUAUUACUAUUAAAGUAUCUAAAGCUUCGAGUUUAACCCUUAAAAUAAUUUGAUCAAAAAGGGUUAGCUUUUUCAUCUUUCUUCGGUGCCGCAUAUUAAUGCGACGAAGUCACGGUUCGAGGUUGUCCGCUAUAGUGAGAAGUGAUUCCAUUUGCUGUUAUUGAACCGAAUGGAUGAAAGUUGAUCGCUCUUUUUAAUAUACAAAUCAUGAAAAAGAGAUAGUAAAAUCAACUACUACAGCUGAUUCUUAAGUCAUGGCGCAAACCGAUUAAUUAAAUUGAUUUACCAAGAGAGCUACUAAUUGCUCUUACUGAAAAGAAAACAGCAACUUAAUAACAGCCUGUAAACCAUUAAGCUGAAACUUACCUCAUGUUAGGCCCCUUUCAAACGUGGAAUUUCUUAUGAGUGUUUUAGUCGAUGAAAGAAUAUAUUAAUUAAAUACGGCAAUUGAUUCAGACGUCGGAUAUGAUGGUGCCGAAUUUAACUACGUUUGUUGUAAAUAUUUCCAGUCUCCAGAAAUUUUUUUUAUCCAAUAUUGAUAAGGGUUUCUACAAUUAAUGCAUUAUAUUCGGCACAUGUGAAAUGCGACUUUUAAAUCAAAUGUUGAACCUGAGUCGAAUUUUCGACUUAGCAGAUUCGACAAAAAUUUGAAUCGAAUUUAGUUGAUUCAGACGUCCAAUCUCAAAGCAGUUACCUCUCGAAUUAAACUAGGCACAUGUGAAAAUAGACGAUUGAGCUGGGUAACGAUAACAUUGUCCAGUAUUACAAAAAGUACCGGAAGAUACGCUAUGCGAUACGUACCGCAUUUUUUAUAUUCCUGUAAAUCUUGCUUCCAAUUUUACCACAUUAUGCUAUAGCUACAUGCACCACACAGGUAAAAAAAGAGAGUAAGCAAGAGAUUAAAAAAAAAAGAAAUAAUAUAAGGUUACGAAAAAUUUCGUUCAAGGGGAUUCGAACUCGGAUCCUCAGAAUCGGUUAGAACUAAAACAGGGUUCGUACAGGUCAUGGAAACCUGGAAGGUCAUGGAAUUUAAGAAUUUCCUUUUUCCAGGCCUGGAAAGUCAUUGAAUUUAAUUAUCGGUCCUUGAAAGUCAUGGAAAAUUAAAGUUUUGUUUUGUAGUUUAGUUACUGCAGAUGACAAAGCAAGGACAAUGUAAGAUAGACAGAAGUAAUCAAACAGCGAAAACGCCACGCAUUUUGGUGAACACCAGAGUUUGUUUCUGUUGAACUGUUUAAGGUCGAUCAAAAAUACCCCAAAACAAGCAAAAUUUUGAAACUUUUUGAAAGGACCACUAAACCAGAGGUCUUGAAAGACUUGAAAAAGUCAUGGGAGGUCAUGGAAUUUGAAGAGCGCAAAAGAGUACGAACUCUGUAAAAGUUAACGCCUCCACUUCGGUAAACGCUGACAGUUUAAGUUUAAUAGAGGUAUAUAUUCCUAAGCUCACAAUAUACCCAUUAACAUUCUUUCAGGAUUGGUCCAUGCCGCGGAACGUUUAAGAAAUUUCUGAACUAUCGAUCGCGCGGCUACUGACUGAACCGUAUGUCCGUACGAUUCUCUCCCUGCUCGUAAAGUGUCUUUUCAUCGGUCGGAGAAAACAUUAACACAACAUUGUUCAUUAUUAUUUCCAUUGUUCUAGGUUAGGGUAGCAACCCAUUUGGCUUUUAGGGUUAGAAGAGCUGCUAAAUGACCUCUCUCCCCGGAAUGAAGAAAAACAAUGUGGCCGCCGAAUACAUCGUUUUAGUUUUUAAAGGUCUUCUUUAUUAACAAACGUUGAACAUAUAUUUCGGCAAACAAACAGUUAAGUUGAAAAAGGAUUUUACAAAACUCUCAAGAGUGGGUCUCCUGUUCGUUUUUAACUGCAAUAACGGCCAAUUUACACAACUUUUAAACUUCUGGAUCAGUUUUCGUUUGGUUCUGCUUUGAAAACGGAAUAAUGAUUACUCAGAGACAAUACUAUACAAGAAUUAUUGAGAAAAACAGCAAAAACUUGCCAAUUUAUGCCAAAAAAAGGUACUUUAAAAACGGAAGAAAACAUUCAAAACGCUUUGAUCACGUGAUUCAAGACGUCAUGUCCCUCUUUUUGGUCAUGAAAAAAAUUAUCAGGUAAAACAUUACUUUCCCGCAAAUUUUCUCUGCCUUCUGAUAAAAGGUUGACUCUCUACAGCCCUCGGCCUAAUCUCUCGACCUUUUUGCUCAUGUUCAUAAGCCCGUUAAAUUUUAAAUGCCGGACGUCAACUGGUUAUUUUUAAAUGCCCCACACAACAAAAAACGUCAAACAUGCUAUUUGUUUUUAACUCGUUAAUAAAAUCUUGUCACAGCAACAAACCUAAUUCGGAAAUAGUCACGUGACUGACGACGUCAUUACUUAGAUGUGACAUGGGAAGAUAUUUUAUGGCAAAUGUUUUAUUGUCGUGGUCUGACAGUCUUCUACGUAUAAAACUGUCAAAGUUAUAAAGCUUUGUAAAAAAUUACCUCAAAGAAGUUUACAUUUUUCCUCAUUAACAUAUGCUUAUCAUUAGCUGAUGAAACUCAUUAAAUAGAAUCUCUGAAUAUUGAAAGAGCAGAACACUUUCAGUUAUCUCUGAAAUUUUGAACCCGAUAUACCGUUUCGGAGAAAUUCUCUUUGAAAAAGCCCCAAACCAAGAUUGAAAAGAUUGUACGAGCUCAUUACCGUUUUUGCCACCAAGCAAUUUCGCAGUUUUUGAUUCCUAUUUCCUUUGUCGGCGACGUCUUGUUGAGGUGGCUCGAUACAGUUUUCCAAGGUCAAUACCUCCCAAGUUUGAGCAUAAACAACGUCUCCAUGCAUAAACAAAGAUUUGGAAAUUAAAAUUGCCCCCACGGUUGUACUGGAUAACGAUGAAAAUUUGUUAUGAUCAGGGUUGCAAGGACAUCGGAGUUGUCAUGGCAACGAAAUGGUGUCACUACCUAUUUUACUUGCAGCAGUAUUUCUCAACACUUGGAACUGUUCUUCCAAAAUCGUUCACGGAAGUUUUAGCGAAAUCUGUAACAGCGUCAUCGCAAUAUUUUGAGAUGAAGUUUUUAUAGUUAUAAAUACAGUAAAAAAUGGACCAUCUUGAAGGAUGGCCGUUAUAUGUAGGAAACGAAGCCCUUUUAACAUGCAAUUUCACCUUGUAGUAGUUUCAAUCUUUUUAAAAACGUAUGCGAAAGAUCAUGGAGAUAGCUCCAGCCGAUUGCUAGAAAGAAGGAUUUGAUUAGUAUGCAUCGAGGCGCUCUUGUUCGAGGUUUUGUAAACAUUUCGUUGCUAUGACAACUCCGAUGUCAUUGCGGCCCAGAUCAUAACAAAUUUUCAUCUUUAUCUAAUACAAUUGUGGUGGCAAUUUUUCCAAAUCGUUGUUUAUGACGACGUAGUUUAUGCUCAAACUUGGGAGGUAUUGACCCUGAAAAAUGUAUCGAGCCACCUUACCUUAGAGCAAAAAUGUAAACAUUGACGUUAGCACAAGGAUUCGCUUGUCCUAAAGCUGGGCACUCUCGAGCGCUCGAUAAGGCGAUCAAGUUCAGUGAUUUAGAAUUGAGUUGGUUUAACAAUAAGAAGUUGACGCUGGGAACAUUCAGUAUUCUAUGACAUUAAUCAACGCUUAAUGUCACAGCAGUAUUUCAAAUUAAUUAGCAAUUAAUGAAUGAGGCUGAGUAGGAUAUGAAGAAUUAAGCAGAUCGAGGACGGUGUUAUCUACCAAGGCCAAACUUUAUUAUUCAUUCAAAAUAAUUCCUAGUUGAAAAACAUAACUAAAACAUGCUUACGUGCAUCGAUAAUAAGUUCGUCUUCGACAGUGUACGUUUAGGUUUGUCCAGCUCCGCAAAUAUUCUCCAAAUAGGAGAUGUCGCCCUACGAGUUGUCUUCUUGCUGUUUUUGCCAUGUUUUUGGCUAUUAUUUCGUCUAGUUCCAGCUGUAGUUCUUACUCUUGAAACGAGUGAAAUGUCCUCCAUUUUUUUUCACAACCAAAACAACUCAACCUCGUCCCCAGUCUUCUCGUUAACGGUGCCUUAACUAGUAGCGGGGUGCAUUUUUGACGUCAUUUCCUCGUUAAACACAAACUUUUUCCAAAUUUGGUCAUCACUAAUUGGUUAUGGUGAAUUAUGCGUGUGCUUUUAGCCAUUCAGAAUUGGGGAAAUAUUUUGAAUUAAUAAUAAUAUAAUUUAUCGUGAUUCAUGUUUCCUAUGUAAAGCUGUCUUAAAUAAUAUUGCCUACACCACUGGAAGGAAGUGGAAUUGGUUCUACUUUUCCAUCUUAGAACACUUCGGUGGUGUGUCAAAGACCUACCUGCCCGACGCUAUCCUGUGUCAGCCCUGUACGGAAACCUGGAGCCUGCUGCGACACCUGCCCAGGUAAACGACUUGUUAGCACGGGCCAGUUUUGCCCAAUAUUAUGUAUGCAAAUCCAAGACAGUCUUUGAUUCUGGAUUCCACGCCUUGGAUUCUAGAUUCCACGCCUUGGAUUCCGGAUUCCUGGUACUGGAUCCCAGUCUUUGUCAACGGAACUGAAUUCCAAUCUUUAUGGGAUCCGGACUCCUUGAGCUGUAUUCCAGAUUCCGAAGCCCAGGGUUCCGGAUUCCACAAGCAAAAAUCUCCCGGAUUCCCUUACAUGGGGCGACGUUUUCCUUCAGUGUUUAUCUUCUCGUAGUUUCUAAAAAAUAUAGCGGAUUACAUUUAUUUUACCGUUAUACACUGUAGCACUUAAUUUUGAGGCGUGAACUAUUACGUCAACUUCAUUCAAGAGUUCUCCUUUGUUGUGCAGUUGUUAAGUUUUGGGUGCUGAUGGAAAGAAAACUUCGAAUUAGUAAACAAAAACAUUUUAAGGCAGCGCUCGAAAUCUUGCCUUGUUGUCGAACUUGUAAAGUCCAGUUGCGGGUAGGGCUUGACGCCAAGAUGAACACAGAAGGUAAACAGCAUGUGAUUUCUAGUGCUUGCCUGAUAACCUCCUGAUUUUUUGUUUAUCUUUUUAUGUAUUGAUUUUUAUUUUUUAAUUGCCUCCUGAUUGGGCUUGACGCCAGGAUGAACACAGAAGGUAAAAGUUAUUUACCCAUGAGUACAGUGACUUGCUUGGACUCAGCUUUCCAAGACAGUACUUAGGUAUUUAGUCAACACGAACUUUUUUAAGGCACCGAUUCUACCCAGAGUCAUGCUGCUUGAUUUUUAAGGAACAUCCCCUUUUCAUUUAAUUUCUGUCCUUUUCUAUAUUGUCAACGUUAAAUUUUCAAUUUGGAUCUGACAGGAAAAUGAAACUGCAGCUCCUGACGAAACGAAUUAGUGAAAUGCUGCACUAACGGACUUCCUUAUUGUCGAAUGAAUUUAUUGUGCGGCUGCUCCAGCUCGGUAUCUUCUGGGAUAAAGAGUCGGGCGUCUCUUUCACUCGAUUUCAAGUAAUUGUAAUUCCAAUCGCGCAAAUACUUCGAUGAAAUAAAUUUGAUCUUCUAGUCGCCUUACACCCUAUUUUUCAGGACUGAAGAACAGCACUAUAUCAAAAAUUAAAGGGUAACAGCUAAUAAUAAAUAAUGCAUAAUGUAACGCAACUGAUUAAUACUAAUAACUACAAAACAAUAUAUUAUGCUGGGUUGAGUGCAAUCGCUUUGUCAUCUUUUUCCCUCUGUUCGGCGUUAAUUUAUUUCAGCCAACUCACCGACAAAGAAACCCCCUAAACGUGGCAGAAAAAUAUUUGGAGGCUUUAUUACAGAAAUCUUCCGAGGUAUGCGUUCUGCGACUCUGGUACCACACCUUAGAAGUAAGACUCAAAUUUCAGUGAUAUCUUUCGAAGAUAGGCUGCUUGUGCAGAAGGUAACAUUCUGCUGUGACGCCAUCAAAGGAUUAAGACACUUGUUUAUUAAGCUAGAGACUACGUCAGAUUUAAUUGCCCUCUAGUGGAAAAGUGAAAGAUCAGCUCUUUUCUGAUUCUUUAUCUCGUACAAACCAAUAGUUUGUAAAAUAAUUAGAUCGUCAGUAAAAGGAGGUAAAGUUUCUGAAAACAAUUCAAUGUAACAGAUCUAGUAGAAACUGAUGCGAUUGCGACGUUAUUUGUUACGUUUUCUUUCUUUAUACAUGUACCAUGUGCUGUGGACUCUUUCACAUUUUAUGAGAAAAGAAACACAUAAAAUCGUAUCUCCUUUUUUAUUUAUAUAUCAAAAUCGUUUGAUGUUUUAAUAUUUUUUAACAUUUUUAGUUCGGAAGGAAUAAUUCCCCUACAGCUAUCCAUCCACCAGGAAAUAAGUUCUUUAUUUCUGUUUUUGUCUGUUUUACAUUAUGUCGCACAAUACCCUUGCACGUUGAAGCUAAUGCUAUGUAUGUUCUAAUGCACCAGAAAUAGGCACUGCUUGCUAAGCUCUUCAGUCACUUCUAUCUAACGUAAACUCUUCUAAAGUAACCAUCAUUAAAUCUUUUAACUUCUUUCAGUCCGUAAGUCUUCUAGAAAUGCUGGAUUGAAUUCCAAAUCUCGAGUGGGACGAAAAGGUAUGCAAAACAAACUGAACUUUGGCGUGGACCUUUUGGGGAUCUAGCCUCAACUGUCAUCAUUACACGAAAAGACGAUUUAAUUUUAAACAAUCUACCAAACCCAUAGAAGCAGAUGCCAUUACGUGGGUAUUGAUUCUUGGUGCUAGUGCAGUUUAGGGGGACAAAAAGGUGACUUAAGGUGACCCGAACCUAUUUAUAUGCGUGUUGGUUAUGUUUGUGAAUUGCGUUUUUCAACAGGAACAAUUUAACGGAAUUUCUAUAUAUGAUUUCCCUACAAGUACAAAGUAAUUUUGAUGAAUAGAAGUUCCUUAAUAAUAAUCUCACCCCGUAUUCAGCAUAAAGUUAUUCCUCAUGUAGUGUAAACUGUAUUCGCCGUAGGUUUCUGAUUACUCAGUUUCUUGCAAUAAAGCUUGGGUAAGAAUACCCGUUCAGAUAGGAGAUAGUCAGCACCCUUCCUCUAUUUGUACGUCAGCUUUCACGAAUGUGUUAGCGUAGCAUUUUAAGGUUACAUUUGCCCAGCAUUCUCAGUGCAGCGAGUUGUAUGGUCACGAUUGACUUCAAACUUGCAGAUAUAAAACUAGAAGAGCUCUUAGGCUUAAUUGCUGAAGUUAGGGAAAAGUCUGUCGUAAGAUUUCGAAGUUAUUCACAUUUUUUGUAAAAAUGCGGUUAAAAAUAUAUGCCGAUAUCUCAAACGUUUUUAUACUUACAAGAAAAUUAAAUAACAUUUAACAGUUCCACCGUUCUUUAUUAAGGACACCAAAAUGUAUAGAAAUCGGUUAGUAAUUCCUUCUAAAAAACCCGAUUCAAAAACAUAACCAACACGCCUAUAAGUAGAUUCGGGCCACUUUCAAUCAAACAUGCUGGUAUAGUCAAAAUACGCAGGAUUUUUAGUGAGCUAAGGAAAAUGAUUAAGCAAUGCAAUUUUGAUUGUUCUUAAAACUGCUCACUGCAUGUGAGGAAUUGUUCGAGGAACUGAGUCUAUCGGUAAGUUGUUCUACACGUGAUGUGGCGGUCAGACUCGAGUUACUGCUUAUAGUCCCACGGAUGGUCGGCAAGGGGAAGGUACGUCCUUGUUGGCGAUAGGCUAGCGGAGUCAGCCAGGAGAUCUAAACCGUUUCAUGGAAAACGUCGUGACCCUCCAACUUCUUCAAACAAUAAAGGCUAACCCUUUACAAACAUCCAAACAAAAACACCUUACCGUCCUCCCUUUCUACUUCACCUUUUUGUACUCUAUUUGCUUCAGUAGCCAUGUCUAAACCCUCGUUGCUGCCACUGUUUGCCUCUGGACAACUUCAAAGAUGGAUAGCGACUUUGAAACAUUCUUCAAUGUUUAGUUAUACUGCUUAGUCGCUCAGUACAUCUGCGGAAACAAACGGCAGGCUUUUUGAGCUGACUUUGCCACCAUACCUCCUUUACUUUUUAUAGAUUAAUAAAAAACCAGGGGGGUACUUAACAAAUUUUUAUAUGGGAAGGUUCCGCCCCGGGGUCCGACCCCUUGCCCUUUUAUAUACACUUUUUCACGAAAAAGGUUUCCCCUUCGUAUACCUUUUAUUGACGAAUGGUACCCCUUUCACUUACCCUGUUUAAAAAUUUGCAUCAGUCCCUUUUAACUGCUGUAAAUGCAUCGUCUUUCAAAUAGGAAUCGAUCACAAAAACAGAACGUUUUCUCGUCUUUAUAAAGUCAUAAAAUUUAUCUGUUAGCUCUUUUGGGCCCUUUCACAGAUCCAAAUGACAGAUUUCCCUACCCUUUGAUAUACUUCAGCUAGUCAAAUACCAACCUUUUUUAUAUGCCUGAAGCCUGGAAAAGGUACCCCUUUCGGAUGGAGCCUUCCCGUAUAGGCCAUCAUAGGGAGUACCCCCCGGGAGUGAAAAUCCCAUAGGUGAGCCCCUGCCUUUGAGGAAGUCCGUAUUUAACUUCCGUCUAUGGUAAAAAAGCUGAGCAUUCCAUCUUUAUUUUGCAUUUCAGUCACCCCUGAAAGUGGAUGUUUGUUGCCGGACAAUCAAAGAGUUCCUUAUAAUUACUCUUACCAUCCAAACGUUGUCCCUUUUGGUAUUACCUAUUGCAUCCUAUGCGUCUGCAUUGUAAGUUCAUUCUAGAUAAGAGUAUGUGUUUUAAAUUGUUUGUAUUGCAGUUCUAAUAGAAAUCUGACGUUGAAUUCUCUUGGCGUUAAAAGGUCAAUAUCUCUUAUUUAGGAAGGCACUCUUUCUUAGAUGAUACCCAGAUAUUUCAAAGAUUUCCUGCACUUGGGUUUUAACCACGCAGAUGGGGACAGAGUGAUCUCGUACUCAGAUCUCGAAGGUCACGUAGCAAAGAAAGAUCUCCCAUUUCUACUGACAAACAAACGCCGGUGAGAUCUGGGUACAAGACUGCUUAGUGACAGAAGCAAUUUAAAUAAGUGCUCCUUGUGGAGUCGUGCAUGGAGAACACAAGCUUGUUGACCUUUUCUAGAUAUUUAAAAAGGGUAGUACAGUCAAUUUGCCCUUAAUUGCAAGCAGAUGGGCAAACUACUCGGCUAUUAGAAAGUUUUGACCAAGUUACCAUGUCGUGUAAACUCGGAACACAACAGACCUGUGCAGUCUUCGCAUAGGAUUCUUGUGCUAAUGAUUGAUACGGACUGUUGAUAGAUUGACUUUUUUGAUUUAUUCUGUUUCUUCAUACAUCAAGCAUUGCACUAAUCAAACUUUGUAGCCUGCGAGAAAGCUCUCCAAUAAUGGCUAGCGAAGCGAGCCUCGAGAGAGCAUGCCCCUCGCACUCGCGUGUCCUUGCGCGUGAGGCUGUCGCGUGAUUCUCUCACGACUCCCAAAAUCGCAGGGUACGAACUUUGUUGACGUGACACUGUCCUAUAUUUUAGCCACCCAAUAUAGAUUGCAGUCCUGUGCAUUGUCCGUCCAAUUACUCUUGCGCACAGCCGGUAACCGUUCCCGGGAAAUGUUGUAAGGAAUGUAAAGGUAAGAUGCUGUUCUGAUGUUCAUAGUAUUCUAUAGAAAUUUAAAAAUUUCGAAAAAAUAAAGGUGUUGAGUCAGUCAUCCCAAAUAAUAUUGAGCUUAUGUGAAUUGCACGCAUGUAUUCAAGAAAACAAAUCAAGAGCAAGACAGUUGCUGCCUUCCCACUAGAAGCGAAGUUAGUUUCAAGUAAGCACUUGAUUCAAGUGCUCUUGGAAAUCUUAAGUGGCUUUUAGAAAACAUGGCUUCACACUAGUUGACAAAGUAUAUUACUUAAAAUAAAAGCUGUCAAUCUCUCAGUUCGUGAGAAUCUUGGAACCGCCUCAUGUGCAUAUCUUGCACAUGGCUUCCAUUUCUUAUUGGUCAAGUGUGUUCUCAUGAGUGGUGUAGCCUAUACUUAGCGACGAACUUCGGCUUCUUUGAACUACGAACGUUUCCAUGGUCACCAAGUAAAGCUGAAGUACCUAAAUUUUACUCCUUCACACUCAAAGUAGGUUCCACACUUACAUUACAUUAUACUUGAAGCUCUAGCGUGAAGCCAACAAGUUAUUUCCUUUACAUUACUAUUAAAGUUGUUUUCGGUACUUCAAACCAGUCUAAAGUUAAAACUUUACAGAUACGGUUCUCGGAAUACUUGUUGGCUUCACACUAGAGCUUCAAGUACAUAUAUAAGGUAAGUGUACUUGGAACUUAUUUUGAGUGUGAAGGGGUAAAGAAAAUUUACCUCCUUAAACUUUACUUGGUGACGUGGAAAUGUUCGUAGUUCAAAGAAACCGAAGUUUGCCGCCAAGUAUGGGCUAUACACACUUGACCAAUAAGAAAUGGAAGCCACGUGCACGAUGUUCACUACCCAAAUUUGGGUAGUUAUUCUGAUUUUACUUCAACUUUACUUGGUGACGUGGAAAUGUUCGUAGUUCAAAGAAACCGAAGUUUGCCGCCAAGUAUGGGCUAUACACACUUGACCAAUAAGAAAUGGAAGCCACGUGCACGAUGUUCACUACCCAAAUUUGGGUAGUUAUUCUGAUUGAUCGUGCCGCGUGGGAAAUGUGUCUCAACCAAUCAGAAGUGCUACCCAGAUCUGGGUAGUGACGCGUCAUCAGUGUGGAACCUCUCCGCUAGUUUCUCAGACAUCAUUUCGUGAGGAAACCAGUGGUGACGUCGCGACAUGUCGGCUGUUUUCUCAGGCUAAUGUCUGCUCAAACAGUUCUAAAUAUUUAGAAACUGAAACUGGUUAUAUGUUUUCAGCGCCAUUUGUCAACUUAAAUUUACGCGAGCGUGGAGCGCUUUCAACGAAAAAAAGCUAAUUAUCUUGAGAAACAGGCUAGAAGAUCAGAGCUUGUGAUUAAAGAAGUAACUGACCAUUUCCAACAACAGGUACCAACACCACCAUGAAACCAGCUGUUAGGAGAUACUGCCAAGGAAAGCACUGGCGGGUCUAUGAAUAUAAGAUGAUCCAACGCAGAAAUCAAAACUUAAGGACCGAAAUCCGAGUACACUUUGCAUUUGUGGACGGAGAGCGAAACUUUGUGGAAAUACACAGCCUUGUUGCUAAUACAACAAACAAAACAGUUACCGUAACGAACACUACCAAGAGGAAUUUCGAUCAAAUUAACCAGAACAGUAAUUACAUUCUCCUUGGAAAGAUUCGUGAAGGUAGGUGUAAAAUUUCCGUUCAAAGAAAAUAAUACAUGAGCAACAAAAAUAAGUUACACUCUAAUGUUACACCAAGAGUUUUAAGUGUAUCGGUAGUGUCCUCUGCAUUGUUAUCUACACUGAGGUUAUAGCGAUAGGGUACUGGACCUACGGUCAUUGCCUGCGUCUUGGAUGCAUUGAUCUGUAGACAGUUUUGCCGAAGCCAUGUUGUUAAUAUUUGAAGAUCAGAAUUAAUAACAUAUUCUAAAAUUGGAGGGCAAACGUCCGAUGAAUAUUCAUACAACCAUAGAGAGAUGUUUGUAACUUGAAGGUUCAAAUCAUUAAUAUAAAUAUUAAAAAGCAAAGGGCCCAACAGGGUCCCCUGAGGAACCCCAACUUUAUGUUUCCAGUCAGAGUAAACGCCGUCCAUUUUGACCCUCUGCCUCCUAUCUUGCAAGUAAUUCCUCAUCAACUCCAAUGCUUGAUCUGUGAAGCCAUAAGCUCUGAGUUUUGCAAGCAGUAGGCUGUGGCAUACUGAGUCAAACGCCUUACUCAGAUAAAUUGAAAGCGUAGCAACAGCCUCUCUGUUGUCAAGGCUCAACCUCCGAUCUUCUACCAUUUUCAACAAUGCAGUACAACAAGAGUAUUCCUUAAGUUAACCGGAAAGGUUAGGCGAAAGACUUGGAGCAAAUGCUGAGUACACUUGAUCUGCAACUAUCUUCUCUUAAAUCUUAGCGCAGGGAGGAUCGGCACCGGACGAUAGCAAGUCUUAUUAGUCUCAGAAGCUUUUUUAAAUACUGAAGUGGUGUUGCUACUCUUCCAUACCCUAGGCCAUAACCUGUUAGUGAUAAAAUGAUUGAUCAGUUUGGUCGGUGGUUGCGUUAUGACAGGAGCUGAUAAGCGAAAAAGCCGCUGGGACAUGAAAUCACAAGCAACUGCCUUCACUGGAGUUAGCUUUUCUAUGAUACCUUUCAUGUAACUCUUGCUCGCACUACAUCCGAUUAUAAGUCCCCCUUCACCCCCCCACCUCACCUGAUAUAAGCCUUCCUCUAGCUUGCAUUGAAAUGAAUUCGAUUUAUAAUGGGGUUUUGAAGCCUAUAAUAGCAAGUAAAUGCAAAGCGUAUUUUGAUCGGCAUUGCCAUAGCUUGUUUCGAAGCGCUUUUUCAGGUCCGAUUAUAAGCCCUCUCGGAUAAGCCCCUCCGUUUAUAAGCCCUCCUUAAACCCCUUACAAAGAUGUAUAAGCCCAGGGCUUAUAAGCGGCAGUUUCAGGUAUCGAAUCGUGUUCUUAAGUAAUUCCAUGCGGGAUAAAACCCUCCGCGAACGUUACUCUCUAAGGCAUUGUGUGUGUGUGUUUUUUUUUUGUUGUUGUUAUUUUCCUGAAGUUACACUUUACAAGUAGCUUCGCUUGUAAGUAUCCCUAAUCCUUCUCUGGAAUUUUAGAGGCUUGAUAUUGUGUUUAGGGUUACUGUCAAUCUCAAGAAUAUUUCUGUCAACAAGAAACGCCAUCAAUCAUUAAUUAACUUUUUAUACUUUGUUUUCUAGUGCAGAUAGUUAAACUGAGGGACAACGAGAAACGCCCAUGCCACAAUAGCCACGGAUGUGUUCACACUGUACGUAAAAUAGCGAACAGGCUUAGAGGCCGUGUCAGCAACUGUGUCAGUCGGGGCCCACCUGAUAUACUUAAGAUGCUAGAAAGCACGCCGACCGAGCCUGGAACUUAA